AGCAUAGCGAACAGGAGUAUCUAAGAGAGGAGCGGCGGCUAGCAGCGGUCUACGGCGGAAGCAAGCCACAUCUUCGAGAUAAACAUGAUCCCGUAUUACAUGAAGAAGACUCGCUGUCUGCGAUUUACGCUGAAGGUGAAGACGAGGAGGGUUAUGGUUUACACGCAGACGCAUCUCAAGCGCGACGAGGGCCCUCUGGAACGAGUCGGAUGACUAGUACAACUGGCGCAGCACGGGAUGUUGAUCUUGGGGAGCCCUUAUUGUGGGGCAAACGAAACCCGUGUGGCCGCUUUUUUGCACAGACUUACGCUCAAGCGAUUUUGAACCUAAACGAUGCUGAAAAAAGCUCUUCAGACGAAAUAACUAAAAUGUUUCGACAAGGAGAUCGUGUAAACAUGGAUAAAAGCGACAAACUUCUAGAAGAACAAAAGACAACGAGCAGCGACGUGGACGACGACCACGACAGGGACCUCAGAAAUAAACUUGAGC